GUCCAUGAUGAUUAUUAGAGAGAGACAGGAACAAGAAGAAACAAUCUAGUAGAAGAAGGAAACAAAAUUUACAUCAUGCAGUAUUGUUUUUAAGAAGAUCCAGAAGAAACCCCCAAAGAGAGUACAAGAAACAUCAGAUAGCAACAAGAUAGAAUAUAAGAUUUUUAGAGAGAGAAAGUUGAGUUGCAGUGUUAAGAUUUCUUAGAGAGAGGAACCGAAAGAAAGAAGAGUUGCAGUGUUCUUUUUCCUCCUGUGAAGAACAGAGAGAGAGAGAGAGACAGACACCAAAAUAAAUAAAGUCAAAAGUGUCAGUAGCUAGAUUACACGAUCUUCUUUCUUCUUCUAUCCCCAUCAGAUUAUGUUUAUAUAGAUUUUCAGAAAAAGAAGGAAUCUUGUAUAGACUUAUGGUUUAUGUACAUUGGAGCUGUGUUCUUCGUUUGUUUACUUAGAAAAUAAAACCUUUGUUUUACAUUAGAUAUUUUUUUUUGUAAUUUUUAAUUUUUGUGGGAUUUAGGGUUUCGAUUUAAUCAGCUGUGGCAACGACGAGGAGGCAUAAUCUGCCGUCGGAUUCCGGUGCCUUCACCGACUGGGCGGCGACGACGACGACGUCUUCACGCGCCACCGAGGAUUUAUCUCUUGGUUUCAAUGCUGGUCCCACCGUCAUCCACGGUGGUUUAGACUCAGCUUCCACCGCCGUCGGCGUUCCGUCAUGGCCUCCCGGAACCUCCGUCCGAUACGGCCUUCCAUCGUCGGCGGCGGCAACGGAGAUGGGCAUGGUCGGUCUAAGAGACGUCUACCUUGUUGCUCCGGCUUACCACCACCACCAGAACGCCGGGGUUGUAUCUGGAUCCGACCAUAUUAACAGUAAUGCGGCGGCGCUCGGUGUGGGAGUGAUUCCUCUCCUCACGGCUGCGCCGCCGCAGCAAAACGUGGAAGAUACCGACAUUAACUUCCUCGGAGACAGCCGGAGAUGGCAGAACAACAACAAUAAUAACCAGACGCAGUAUCUUCAGUUCAAGAGCACAACUCACCAAGCGACGGUCGGAUCAAGCUCAAACAACUCGGGGUCUGGUUCAGCCGCGUCGGGAACAGCCACGUGUCAAGACUGUGGAAACCAAGCGAAGAAGGAGUGUAAGCAGAGGCGGUGCAGGACUUGCUGCAAGAGCCGUGGCUUUGAAUGUUCGACUCACGUGAAGAGCACGUGGGUCUCUGCGGCUCGUAGGAGAGAGAGGCAGGUCUUGCCCACGGCGAAUCCAACGGCUGGCUCGUCUCUUUCGACCUCCUCCGGGACCAAGAAACCGAGGAUUAUGGGGUCUCAACAACAAGCCACUUCUCAUACUUCAACUUCUAACACUCCUCCUCAAAGUUUCGAUACCAGCUCCAGCCGCCAAGAUGGAGGAGGGUCAAGAGAAGCGUGGCCGGGGCAGGUUAAGGCUGCGGCAGUGUUCAAGUGUGUGAGAGUGACGGCAGUGGAGGAUGGGGACGACGAGUACGCAUACCAGGCGGUGGUGCAAAUCGGUGGCCAUGUAUUUAAAGGCUUCUUGUAUGAUCAAGGGCUUGAACCUAAAGAAGGUUUUCCUAAUAUGUCCGAUUUGCAUUUAGGUGGUGGUGGUGGAGCCAAUAACCAUAACGGAGUGUCUGCCUCGCCGCCUGUUCUCGACCCACCAAAUGUCUACGGUGGUCGUGGUGGUGGUGCAGGCGGUGGGUUUUACGGUUAAACUUCUUUUGAUGUAUUUGUUUUUAUAAUUUCCAAAUGGGGUUGGUUGGAUACAAACUAAUAGUUCACUAAUUCUAUUUUAUGAAUUGUCCAUGUGGACGAAACACCUCUCUAAUGCUGCAACAAAACAUU